AUGGUGCGGCUCGGGCUGGAGGAGGACGACCUGGUGCUCAUGACCAGCACGUCGCUCCCCAAGGCCACGUCCGUCAAGCUGCGGCCGCACACCAUGGAUUUUCUGGGAGCCAAGGACCUCAAGCAGCUGCUCGAGUUCAACGUCAGACUGAACACGCCGUGCGUGACGGUCGGCGACACGAUCGCCGUCGCCGAGGGGGACCGGCGGUACCUGCUGGACGUCGUCGAGGCCAAGCCCGCCGACGCCGUCUCCACCCUCGACACCGACUGCGAGGUCGACUUCGCGACGCCGCUCGACUACGUGCAGCCUCCUGCUCCGAUGCCAGUGAAAGUCGCUGCCGCCCCAUGCCAAGACUGCGCCCACGGCAGCGAGCGGCGGUUCGUCGGCGUCGGGAUAAGGAUGGACGGCAAGCCCGUGGAGCAUACGCCGGCCCCUGCGCCUGCGCCGGAGGCCGUUUCUUCGGGGGGUAAGGGGAAGAGUGCUAGUGAGCAUGUGCUUCGGUUCUUCGGCGGCCGCGGCUCGGUGGCGGUGCCACCUCCCGGCCCCAAGAUGGCGAAGAAGAAAGUGGACGGCAAGGAGGACAAGGAGGCCAAAUGGUUCACCGGCCAGAAGUAUACCCUCUACAAGACGCAAGCAACGACUGAAACAGUCAGCAGUUGA